AUGUUCCCCCUGCCAAUGUUCACACCGGACCAGGUCGCUCGGGUGUGCGAGAACUUGGAGGAGACCGGAGACAUCGAGCGCCUGGGGAGGUUCCUGUGGUCCCUGCCCGCCGCCGUGCCUGGCUCCGCCGGGGAAGCGCUGAACCGACACGAGUCCGUGAUGCGAGCGCGGGCGCUGGUCGCCUUCCACGGUGGAAACUUUGACGCUCUUUACCAGAUUCUCCAAAGCCACCGGUUUACGCGCGAAUCGCACGCCAAGCUUCAAGACCUGUGGCUGGACGCGCACUACCGAGAGGCAGAGCGGCUGCGGGGGCGGCCGCUGGGCCCCGUGGAGAAGUACCGGAUCCGCAAGAAGUUCCCCCUGCCCCGCACAAUCUGGGACGGCGAGCAGAAGACGCAUUGCUUUAAGGAAAGAACUCGUAGUUUGCUGAGAGAGUGGUACCUCCAAGACCCCUACCCCAACCCGUCCAGGAAACGCCACUUGGCCCAGGCCACGGGACUCACACCCACACAGGUCGGCAACUGGUUCAAGAACCGCCGCCAAAGAGACCGUGCUGCAUCCGCGAAGAACAGACUGCAGCAGGAUUCUUCCCUCCUGCCCUCUGAGCGCUCAUCUGACGGCUCCCUUCAGGAGCGUCACCAUCACCCCCACUUGUUGCCUGCGUCCCCUCGCCACCCGGGCAGCCCCGAGGCCAGCGACUGCAGCACGGAGACUGAGCGCAGAGGAACAGGAGCCUCCACUCCAGAGAUCUCUGUCAGCAGCGACAGCGAGUUCGAGUCCUGA